GCGACAUGGCGGGCGGGGAGCGCCGGCUGGAGUGAAAUCAGGUGAAACUUAAAAUAAUAAUAAUAAUAUCGAGAACAACGCCCCGUCUUUCCUCUGGAAAUUAAAAUCUAGUGGACGACGAGUGCAGUUCCUGCUGCUGUUCUUCCGCAGUUGUGGCCGUGGCGUGAGGCGACUGGCGCAGCCUCCUAAGGGACGUGUUGUACGUAUGUACAUGCAUAAAAAGGAUAAUUCGUGUAUAUAUGCGUAUGUACGUAUAUAAAAAAAGAGGACACUGAUUAUGAUGGGCAGGUGGUAAGGUAUGGUAUCAACGAACUUCGCACGUGAAAAGGGACUCCAUGGAAAUUUACUGCUCAGUUAUUCCUGGUGCCAAGUAACAAGAACCUCGUUUAUUUUUUCUCCUUCUUUUAAUUAUUGGAAAGCUCAGACGUGGUUGAAACGAAAGGUUCACACAGCCGCGUCAGCCAGGUGCACCUGUGAGUUGCUCUUUCACUUUAUUUUCCAGUCCUGUGAGUUGCUCUUUCUCUUUAUUUUCCAGACCUGUCUAUCUCUGAGUCUUUACCCUGAGUGUCCCUUUCACAGAGGCGGAGUACCACGUAAUUAAAAAAGCUGUAACGUGACUUGUGGUCUUUGAGUUACACGAGCAUUUCUAUGUCUAUCUCUCAUUCCUACAGCACAUACAGCAUCCAGAGCAGGACCCACAAACUGGGCUCCAACAAAUGCAGUGAAUAUUGAUGACUAUAGAAGCCUACCUGUGCCCACUCCACAUUUUUAUUUAUCUACAGAAAAAAAUCAAAUUAAUGUUGCGCCAUGAGCUGCUGAUAUAGAAUGUUUUGCAGACAGCAGGUAAUGUGAUUACUUGCCUCUGAAAGUUUAUUUAUCUCCAAACUAGUUUGGGAUGAAACUGUUGUUUCUCAUUAUUUUAGUUGGUGGCGUUAUUUUGUGGCAUUUCACCUAGAAGGCUCGCUUUACAUUUUAUUACAGUAUGAAGUAUGAUGUAAGUAAUAUAUCCCAUGUUGCACUAUGUUAUCUCUCGUGGGGCCACUGUGUUGAUACAGAUUUUCAGAAAUCCUUGUUAAAAGAAACUUUCAUAGCCACAAAUAUUGUACUGGUCUGGAUGGGCUGUAUCAGUCACACUUACCCCCUUUUACUUGAAACAUGAGGUGAAAUGAUGUCUUUCUCAAAAUUGUGCCUAAAACCAAUCUGAUUUUAAGAGCAGCUUUAAAUGUGCUUCCUUUUUUAUUGGACUUACUGUUACAGCCCAUAAACAUUUGGGGUCAAGAGCUCACUUCCUUAAAAUAUGCCAAAUGGGAUUAGUCUUGAAGUUCCAAGAAGUAAAUCUUAGGUGGAAACUGGUGUUUAUUUAUUUCAUAUGGAGGGCAUUGGGGUUCUUAUUGGUAGCUUGUUCACAAAUUUAGUCUCAUUUAAGUCAUUGUGGGAUCUUUAUUGCCUGUGGGUUUUUUACAGUAAAUGGUAGGAGAUAAAUGUUAAUAUAGUUUUAAAAAGAAAAAAAAGGAAAAGAAAACUUAGAUAGAGACUUAAGCUCUAAAUGACACCCUGUCCCAUGUUUUUCUCUGUUCCACUAUGUCGUUGUCCUUUCUUCUCCAAAAUGAGCACUGGGAAUACAAACACAUCUCACCACAUGAAGUCAGCAUUGCCAAAUCUGUGGGACUCAAGGGGAUGAGUCUUUGGGGAGCAGUGCCUGGCCGUGCCUUCCUGCCGUAUUCCUGCUCCACUACUCUGUUAACUGGAGAGGCUGGUUUUACAGGCCAGCAGACUGCAGCCCUCGUGUGGCAAAGCACACACCGCAGCUUGGAAAAGUUGCUGGUGCUGCUUUGGAGCACGUUGAUUCCAGCGCCUGUGUGCUUAGCAGGCAGGAAGCCUCGGGCACCAAUUCAUCCUUGCCAUCCUGUCUCCCUACAGAUGCAGAGCCCAGCUCCUGAGCACUCUGGCAGUGGCUGGUGGCAGAUUAGUGUCACGAUGAACAGGAAUGGUGGCAGAGAUGUUUGUGUACCCUGAGUGAGGGCUCUGGCACUGGACACAGUCAAGCAGAAUAUUCGCUGGUGUGGUGGAAGUAAGGCAAAAGUCAGCUGCAGCAGACACAUUUUGUCUCACGACCACUCCCAUCCAUUUCACAAAUGCAGAUUUAUUUGAAGGACCUGCUGAAGGAACAUGAUGGUCAUUGACUUGUUUCAUUCUCUGGCUUAGAGCUUCACAAAAUUCAACUGUCUCUCAUUAGCCCUGCAAAGUACAUCUUCUGGCUUCAGACAAGAUAUGAUGGAGCUCCUGGAGGAAGAUCUGACCUGUCCCAUUUGCUGUAGCCUGUUUGAUGAUCCUCGUGUCCUGCCCUGUUCACACAAUUUCUGCAGAAAGUGUCUGGAAGGAAUUCUCGAGGGAAAUGUGCGGAAUGUGCUUUGGAGACCAUCCCCUUUCAAGUGCCCCACAUGCAGGAAGGAGACUCCGGUCACUGGAGUCAACAGCUUGCAGGUCAACUAUUCCCUGAAAGGUAUCGUGGAGAAGUACAACAAAAUCAAAGUAACUCCAAAAAUGCCUGUGUGCAAAGUGCACAGUGGGCAGCCCCUUAACAUUUUUUGCCGGACAGAUAUGCAGCUGAUCUGUGGGGUUUGUGCCACCCGUGGUGACCACACAAAGCAUGUUUUCUGUUCCAUUGAAGAAGCUUAUUCCCAGGAGAAGCGGGCUUUUGAAACCUUAUUUCAAGGUUUUGAAACUUGGCGUUGUGGAGAUGCCCUCUCACGGCUGGAUACCUUAGAGACCAGUAAGAGGAAAGCUCUGCAGAUGCUGACAAAAGAUUCUGACAAAGUGAAAGAGUUCUUUGAGAAGCUGCAGCACACACUGGAGCAGAAGCGAAAUGAGAUUCUGUCUGACUUUGAGACCAUGAAGCUUGCAGUGAUGCAGGCCUACGAUCCAGAAAUCAAUAAACUGAAUACAAUUCUGCAAGAGCAGAGGAUGGCUUUUAACAUUGCAGAAGCUUUCAAAGAUGUGUCCGAACCCAUUAUAUUUCUGCAACAGAUGCAGGAGUUCAGGGAAAAAAUCAAGGUCCUCAAAGAAACGCCUUUACCUUGUUCCACAGUGGACAUCAGUCCCACAAUGAAGAGCUUUGAUACCAGCCAGUGGAAUGGAAUAAAACUUGUCGAUGUGGAUAAACUUUCCUUGCCUCAGGAAAGCAACACUUUCAAAUUCAAGAUUCCCUCAGUCUUUUCACGCAGAUUUAUUGUGAACUCUCUUAUUGUCUUGCUCAUUCUUGCUGUUACCAGAAUGUCCUUAGUGGAGUCAGUCUUUGACAAUCUCCAGUGCUGGAAAUCUCAGUUCCUUGCAAUUAGCUUGUCCUAUUUGGCAGAUACUGUGGAGAUAGCAGAUCAUGCAGUCUUUUACUGGGAACAGAUGACAGAUGGAGCUUCACUUUUACGAGAAAAGUGUAAAAACUAUACUUUGGUUGUACUGGAUAACGUCGCACAGUUUGUGUGCAAAUAUAAACUGUUGUGAAGCAUCUGCUGGA